AACGGACUGUAAACACAACAGUUGUUAUCUAGAGCUCACUCGUAGCAACUAGCUGCUAUUUGACGUUAUCAGGCCUUGCUAUUCCUGGACCAUGUAGCUAAGUGGAUGCCGGUUAGAAGCCAAUUACUAGAGAUGGAUGCCUUUUUGGGAUCUCUGCAAGACCAGGACGUGAGCUCUGUCCUGACGUCCUGCGAGCCCGAGCUGCAGGAGCUGAUGAGACAAAUAGACAUCAUGGUGAACCAUAAGAGGACGGAGUGGGAGGCAGAGAUCCAUGCCAUGGAGGUGCGUCUGCACAGUGGAGAAGAGGAGCUCUUCUCAGCCAGAAACCUCAUAGACCAAAGGAACUCAGAGGUUGGGUUGCUCCGCAAGCAGCUCAAUGAGGUCCAGACAGGGAAGCAAGAGCUGGUCAUUAAAUAUGAGGAACAACUGCAGCGUGUCAAAGAUGAGUUGUCGAAGCUGAAGCACAGCUACCAGAAGCUUCAGAGUAAACAGCUGAAGGAGUCUCGUGAAGGAGCCAAGAGCCGCGAGGAGGACAGGACAGAGGUGACCCGCCUCAAUGGAAAGAUAGAGGAGUUCCGUCAGAGGUCAGCGGAGUGGGAGAACCAGAGGAUGCAGUACCAGAAGCAGGUGUCGUCCCUGGAGACCCAGAGGAAAGGUCUGGCAGAGCAGUUCACUAAUAUGAAGUCCCAGGGUGCAGCGUGGCUACAGGACCCAGGAGGAGGGCGUGCCGGGCAGGCAGAUCUGCAGAGGCUGCGGGGUCAGUUGGAGAGGGCCCAGGAUACACUGCACUCCCAGGAACUGGAGCUGGAACGACUCAGACACCUCCAGGAGCAGCUGAGGGGAGAGCCAAGGAGGGGACAGCAUGUGCUGACAGAGGAGAAGGAGGGGCAGAAGCAGCAGUUCUGUAAUGACCUGUCCAAGCUGACCAGGGCCCUGCAGGCUAAAGAAGAAGUCAUCCAGUCUCUAGAGGAGUGUCUAGGAGCCCAGGGGAGAGGUGGCUCAGGACUACAGCUCCUCAGACAGGACCUAGAGAAGACUACCACCAAGCUACACUCUGCCCAGGCCUGUGAGGUCCACCUGAAGACUGAACUGGCCAGACUCAGAGACAGACUGGAGACUAUGAGCAGACAGAGAGGAGAGUUGGUCACGAGAGAAACGGAGCUAAAGCAUAUCAAGGAAGAGAGGAGUCGCUCUGUGACUGAGGUGAAACGACUGCGAGAGGAGCUGGCGAGGGCGGAGCAGACGCGCUGCUGGGAGGUGGAGGGCAUGAGGAAGGAGGUGUCCCAGAUGACCAAUGAACUGCACCAGCGUGACAUCACCAUCGCCACCCUCAGUGGCUCCGCCUCCAGUGUGGAGCGCCAGCUAAGUGGCGAGGUGGAGAGGGCAGAGCGCCGGGCGGCUGAGCUCAAGGUGACUCAGGUGCAGCUGGAAACUCUGAAGAUUGAGAACCAACAUCUGAAUGAUCUGCUGGAGAGAGUGGAGUCGAGGUCGACUAUGAAAGGGGACCCUUGCCUGGCCUCUCUGAGAGAGAGCUAUGUAUCGUCUCUGAGUAGCUUGGAGCAGGAGAACAGGCAGAUGAGACAGGAGUUGGCGGAGGUGAGAGCUCGCCUGGAGGCCUCUACACAAACCUGGCAGGACAAGCUAGACAGAUCCCUGCUACACAACCAGUCCAGGGCCGGUCCACGACAAACACAAGAUGGGAGUGAAGAGGAACUGCAACAGAGACACAGAGAGGAGAUCUUAGCCAUGGAGGCCAGGAUGCAGGAGAACACCUCGCACUACGAAGAGGAGAACCAGCGUCUCCUCCAACAGCUAGAGGCACUCUCCUCCUCCCCUCACAAACACCACGUACAGACCCUGGACCACAGGCCCGUCUCGGCCUCUUCCUCCUCCUCCUCCUCCUCGUCCUGUAGAGAAAGCAGACUAGCCCGGGGGACAGCCUCGGCCCUCGUCUGUGUUCCUAUUGGACCUGCACCUCUACCUGUCUCUGCACCUGGUGGUGCUGAGGGCCGGUUGUCCAAUUCAGAGGAGGCUCUACACCUGCAGGCCAGCCAAGACAUACUGAACAUGGAGCGCUGUGUGGUUUCCCCUGCUGGCUCGGUGGCUUCCCGGUACCUGGAGGAGGAGAACCUGCGCUCCCAGGAGCUGCUCCAGAGACUAGACGCUCACAUCCAGGGCAUGAGACAGGACAAUGUCAGGACCGUUUCUAAAUACCUGGGCAAUCCAGACACCACCCAACCUUAACCUUCCUGACCAACCAGACACCUCCCAACCUUAACCCUCCUGACCAUCCAGACACCUCCUAACCCUCCUGACGUUCCAGACACCUCCUAACCCUCCUGGCCAACCAGACACCUCCUAACCCUCCUGACCAUCCAGACACCUCCUAACCCUCCUGACCAUCCAGACACCUCCUAACCCUCCUGACCAACCAGACACCUCCUAACCCUCCUGACCAUCCAGACACCUCCUGACCAUCCAGACACCUCCUAACCCUCCUGACCAACCAGACACCUCCUAACCCUCCUGACCAUCCAGACACCUCCUAACCCUCCUGACCAUCCAGACACCUCCUAACCCUCCUGACCAACCAGACACCUCCUAACCCUCCUGACCAACCAGACACCUCCUAACCCUCCUGACCAACCAGACACCUCCUAACCCUCCUGACCAACCAGACACCUCCUAACCCUCCUGACCAACCAGACACCUCCUAACCCUCCUGACCAACCAGACACCUCCUAACCCUCCUGACCAUCCAGACACCUCCUAACCCUCCUGACCAUCCAGACACCUCCUAACCCUCCUGACCAACCAGACACCUCCUAUCCCUCCUGACCAUCCAGACACCUCCUAUCCCUCCUGACCAACCAGACAUCUCCUAACCCUCCUGACCAACCAGACACCUCCUAACCCUCCUGACCAACCAGACACCUCCUAACCCUCCUGACCAUCCAGACUCCUCCUAACCCUCCUGACCAUCCAGACACCUCCUAACCCUCCUGACCAUCCAGACACCUCCUAACCCUCCUGACCAUCCAGACUCCUCCUAACCCUCCUGACCAUCCAGACACCUCCUAACCCUCCUGACCAACCAGACACCUCCUAACCCUCCUGACCAACCAGACACCUCCUAUCCCUCCUGACCAACCAGACACCUCCUAACCCUCCUGACCAUCCAGACACCUCCUAACCCUCCUGACCAUCCAGACACCUCCUAACCCUCCUGACCAUCCAGACACCUCCUAACCCUCCUGACCAACCAGACACCUCCUAACCCUCCUGACCAUCCAGACUCCUCCUAACCUUAACCCUCCUGUCCAUCCAGACACCUCCUAACCCUCCUGUCCAUCCAGACUCCUCCUGACCUUAACCCUCCUGUCCAUCGAGACUCCUCCUGACCUUAACCCUCCUGUCCAUCCAGACACCUCCUGACCCUCCUGACCAUCCAGACUCCUCCUGACCUUAACCCUCCUGUCCAUCCAGACUCCUCCUGACCUUAACCCUCCUGUCCAUCCAGACACCUCCUAACCCUCCUGUCCAUCCAGGCUCCUCCUGACCUUAACCCUCCUGACCAUCCAGACUCCUCCUGACCUUAACCCUCCUGUCCAUCCAGACACCUCCUAACCCUCCUGACCAUCCAGACUCCUCCUGACCUUAACCCUCCUGACCAACCAGACACCUCCUAACCUUAACCCUCCUGUCCAUCCAGACUCCGCCUAACCUUAACCCUCCUGACCAUCCAGACACCUCCUAACCCUCCUGACCAACCAGACACCUCCUAACCUUAACCCUCCUGACCAUCCAGACACCUCCUAACCCUCCUGACCAACCAGACACCUCCUAACCCUCCUGACCAACCAGACACCUCCUAACCCUCCUGGCCAUCCAGACACCUCCUAACCCUCCUGGCCAUCCAGACACCUCCUAACCCUCCUGGCCAUCCAGACACCUCCUAACCCUCCUGACCAACCAGACACCUCCUAACCCUCCUGACCAACCAGACACCUCCUAACCCUCCUGACCAUCCAGACACCUCCUAACCCUCCUGACCUUCCAGACACCUCCUAACCCUCCUGACCAUCCAGACACCUCCUAACCUUCCUGACCAUCCAGACACCUCCUAACCCUCCUGACCAUCCAGACACCUCCUAACCCGCCUGUCCAUCUAGACUCCUCCUAACCUUAAUCCUCCUAACCCUCCUGACCAUACAGACAACUCCAAACCUUAACCCUCCUGACCAUCCAGACACCUCCUAACCUUAACCCUCCUGACCAUCCAGACUCCUCCAAACCCUCCUGACCAUCCAGACACCUCCUAACCCCCCUGUCCAUCUAGACUCCUCCUAACCUUAAUCCUCCUAACCCUCCUGACCAUCCAGACUCCUCCUGACCUUAACCCUCCUGACCAUCCAGACACCUCCUAACCCUCCUGACCAUCCAGACACCUCCUAACCCUCCUGACCAUCCAGACUCCUCCUGACCUUAACCCUCCUGACCAUCCAGACACCUCCUAACCCUCCUGACCAUCCAGACUCCUCCUGACCUUAACCCCCCUGACCAUCCAGACACCUCCUAACCCUCCUGACACCUCCUAACCCUCCUGACCAUCCAGACACCUCCUAACCCUCCUGACCAUCCAGACACCUCCUAACCCUCCUGUCCAUCCAGACUCCUCCUGACCUUAACCCUCCUGACCAUCCAGACUCCUCCUGAACUUAACCCUCCUGACCAUCCAGACACCUCCUAACCCUCCUGACACCUCCUAACCCUCCUGACCAACCAGACACCUCCUAACCCUCCUGACCAUCCAGACACCUCCUAACCCUCCUGACCAUCCAUACACCUCCUAACCCUCCUGUCCAUCCAGACUCCUCCUGACCUUAACCCUCCUGUCCAUCCAGACACCUCCUAACCCUCCUGACCAACCAGACACCUCCUAACCCUCCUGUCCAUCCAGACACCUCCUAACCCUCCUGACCAACCAGACACCUCCUAACCCUCCUGACCAACCAGACACCACCUAACCCUCCUGUCCAUCCAGACUCCUCCUGAACUUAACCCUCCUGACCAUCCAGACACCUCCUAACCCUCCUGUCCAUCCAGACUCCUCCCGACCUUAACCCUCCUGACCAACCAGACUCCUCCCGACCUUAACCCUCCUGACCAUCCAGACUCCUCCUGACCUUAACCUUCCUGACCAUCCAGACACCUCCUAACCCUCCUGACCAUCCAGACACCUCCUAACCCUCCUGACCAUCCAGACUCCUCCCGACCUUAACCCUCCUGACCAGCCAGACUCCUCCUGACCUUAACCUUCCUGACCAUCCAGACACCUCCUAACCCUCCUGUCCAUCCAGACUCCUCCCGACCUUAACCCUCCUGACCAUCCAGACUCCUCCUGACCUUAACCUUCCUGACCAUCCAGACACCUCCUAACCCUCCUGUCCAUCCAGACACCUCCUAACCCUCCUGUCCAUCCAGACUCCUCCCGACCUUAACCCUCCUGACCAUCCAGACUCCUCCUGACCUUAACCUUCCUGACCAUCCAGACACCUCCUAACCCUCCUGUCCAUCCAGACACCUCCUAACCUUAACCCUCCUGACCAUCCAGACACCUCCUAACCCUCCUGACCAUCCAGACACCUCCUAACCCUCCUGGCCUUCCAGACACCUCCUAACCCUCCUGUCCAUCCAGACUCCUCCCGACCUUAACCCUCCUGACCAUCCAGACUCCUCCUGACCUUAACCUUCCUGACCAUCCAGACACCUCCUAACCCUCCUGUCCAUCCAGACACCUCCUAACCCUCCUGGCCUUCCAGACACCUCCCGACCUUAACCCUCCUGACCAUCCAGACUCCUCCUGACCUUAACCUUCCUGACCAUCCAGACACCUCCUAACCCUCCUGUCCAUCCAGACACCUCCUAACCCUCCUGGCCUUCCAGACACCUCCCGACCUUAACCCUCCUGACCAUCCAGACUCCUCCUGACCUUAACCUUCCUGACCAUCCAGACACCUCCUAACCCUCCUGUCCAUCCAGACACCUCCUAACCCUCCUGGCCAUCCAGACACCUCCUAACCCUCCUGACCAUCCAGACUCCUCCUGACCUUAACCCUCCUGUCCAUCCAGACUCCUCCUGACCUUAACUGCAAAUAGCUGACCAGACAGACAGCUCACCUCUGGAGUCGUCACCAGAUAUGUGCCACUGCCCGACCGACCACCAGGUUUCUCUAGUUCUAGGAGUAUUAGUGAGGCAGUUCUCUGGCUUUGUGUGUCUCUACAGACAGACCUGUUGGACCGACCGACUGACCCACCCACCCACCAGAGUCCAGGUUUCUCUAGUUCUAGGAUUAUUAGUGAGGCAGUUCUCUGGCUUUGUGUGUCUCUACAGAUGGACCUGUUGGACCGACCGACCUACCAACCCACCCACCAGAGUCCAGGUUUCUCUAGUUCUAGGAUUAUUAGUGAGGCAGUUCUCUGGCUUUGUGUGUCUCUGUGAAUGUGACCGGUGACAGUUUGUUGGAGAGUUGACCGGUGUGAUUCGUCCAGGGUAGUUUAGGUGUGUCUCUGAACCCACGGACUCAAAUCUACAGUGUUGAAACAUACUGUAUUACUAAGCCGAGUUGGUGGUGCUUCGAUUCGAUUUGACAAUCUCCUUCCUUUUGUGCCCGUUUCAACGUCUGUUUUUCUGUAUGUGGAUUGUGUUUUUGGCGGUGCUGUAGCAGUCAUGGUUUUUAUUGACAGUUUGCCUCCUGUGAUAUCAUCCAUAUAAACCCAAGAUGGAAUGUAACUAUGUUUGUAAACAUAGAAAUAUAUAUAUAUUUUUUAAAAUAUUCAAAA